CUGCUGCCCCAAAUCGCGCUUGCGCAGCGUUUCUGACUUUCCCACUCUGUCCCCCGUACGUACCAUGGCGUCCACGGAGGAGGACGGCUCGGUUGAAGAGAAAGAAAACAACAACAAGAAGAGGACGAAAAGUGCCAUCGCUGUCGCAUGGCUUACAUUUUACAACAUCGCCAUGACGGCCGGGUGGCUGGUUUUGGCUAUGGCAAUGAUGCGCUUCUACGUCCAGAAAGGCACACACAAGGGUCUGUACAAAAGUAUAGCAAGGACACUCAAGUUUUUCCAGACCAUUGCGUUAGUUGAGGUGGUGCAUUGUGCAAUCGGAAUCGUGAGGACCUCUGUAAUUGUGACCGGGGUUCAAGUAUGUUCACGAAUCUUCAUGGUGUGGUUCAUCACCAACAGCAUCAAACAGAUCCAGAACGAAGAAAGUGUAAUCCUCUUCUUGGCCGUUUGGACGUUUACAGAGAUUACCAGAUAUUCCUUCUAUACAUUCAAUCUGCUCAACCACCUGCCAUACUUCAUUAAAUGGGCCAGAUACAACAUGUUUAUCAUCAUGUACCCUCUCGGAGUGGCCGGAGAACUCCUGACCAUUUACACUGCUCUGCCAUAUGUUCGCAAAACCGGAAUGUUGUCCAUGAGGCUCCCCAACAAGUAUAACGUCUCCUUUGACUACUACUACUUCCUCAUUAUCGUCAUGCUCUCCUAUAUCCCAUUGUUCCCACAGCUCUACUUCCACAUGCUCCGUCAGAGGAGAAAGGUGCUUCUUGGGGAGAUCAUAGUAGAGAAGGAUGAGUAGAACCGCCUCAGUCCAGCACCUGGCGUUCGUUUUGGGACAGCGAGUGUGCACAGCUCCCCUGCCGCCACAUCCAUUCACCUUUGGUGCCGCGCUCCACCGCACUCCACAUGCAACAAAAUGGACCGGGAGAGUCAGACGAAUACUAACAUCGCCGGAAAAGCCAUGUAAUAAUCACGGAAAAAGAAUUAAACAUCACAGUCACCACAAUAACCCAACUGGACUAAAUACAGUGCUGCGAGAGAAAUCAUAACCCAACAGGAAUAACAGUCAUCAGAAUCAUCACUGAAUCAGUCAUCACCAAACUCAUCAAUCAAUGAGAGGAAUCAUUACAGAACUGGAAUAGUCAUCAUUGUGGAAAGAAUGAAUAAAUAUCAUCUCUAGCCGGAAUCAUUAUCAUCGCAAAACUGGAACAUAAUGCUGCGCACCCAUCAUUAUGGGUUCCACUGUGUCUUCACUGUCCAGGUGUAGAGAUCUAGAUCCCCAGAAAGAGAACGCACUGAAUCCACCAGCCAGCGUGGCCACAGCAUACUGCACUGAAACCCUGCAACCUGAUAGCAUAAUACUGCACUGAUUACCUUCUACACCUGCUAAAAACAUAAUACUGCACUGAUUACCUUCUACACCUGCUAAAAACAUAAUACUG